GACGUGGGGCGCGAGCCCGACGUCUGCGAGCUGGUGGCUGACGCUGGGCCGCGCUCCAGGAGCGCAGACAGGGCAGAGGCCUUCCGGCGCACGGUCGGCCAGGAGCACACCUUCGAGCAUGCGGUCGACGGCUUCGAGCCGCAGUGGACGCGCAGUUUCGGGGAGGCCGCCGCGCAGGGGGCCGGCGCAAGGCUGCUCCACGACGGGCGGCCGGCGGCGGCGCCGCGGAGGGCCUGCGACGUGGACCUGGGCGGCUUCUGGGGGCGCGUGGUGGUGGAACAUUGGCGCAUCAUCCAUGCCCGCGUUCGAGCGCCUGAUCGAGAAGCUGAGGUCAGUGCAGGUGUACCGCCUCGACCUGAGCGACAACGGCCUCAACGGCAACUUCGUGCCCGGCGUCCUCGCGGUGGCCCGCCGCGGCGUGCGGCAGCUGGACCUCUCGCGGAACGCGCUGGAGGCCGAGGCCAUGCAGAGCCUCCUCCGCGCCCUGCCGCCCGCCGCGCCCCGGCUGGAGAGCCUGGACCUGCGGUUCAACCCGUGCCAGCACCGCACGACCUUCGCCGCGAGCGUGGCCGGUGCAGUGCAGCAGCUCAAGGGCCUGGUCCGCCUCGCCGUCACGGUGCGCUGCGACGCGGGCUCAACCGGCGCCGACGCCGGCGCUCCCGGGCGAAUGCGCGCAUUAAAGCCCGCCCCUGGGCUAUUCGCCCUCAGCGUCGCGGCCGAGGCACCAGCACCACCACGGCGGGGGCCACCUCCAGCGAGGAGGUCCGCGCCCCCUGGCCGAGCUGGGAACUAG